UCUCUUCCCCUCUUCCCCACCCUUAUGCACACGACUUUCCCAUGUGCGAAAACUGAAGAUUCCUUGAAUCAAGGAAACAGCCGCAAAUGGUCGUUUCCUGCACCGAUCGCCCUGCCUUUGCAUAUCCCGCCGCGCAACCUGUGCCGACGCAUGUCUUGGACUCUUUCGCAUGCGCGCGGCGGGAAUGCAGGGGACGUCUGCAGAUGACCCUCUGGCGGCUUUGCUCCCUACACCAUCUUGUGCCCAUCAUGUGUCAAGGGCGGGCCCUAGAGGAGGCGGCGAGGCUGGGAGAGGUCAUUUUGUGCAUCAGCAUUUGGGUGGGCGUUGCUCGUUUGGGGUUGGGGGACAUAGAUGGUGGGUGGGCUGCAGGUGUCGGUCGCGGGGUGCAGGUUCGUGAGGCGGGCAGUAGACUACUUGCAAGAUGCAUGGCGUUCGGUAUAAGUAUCUCUACUAUCCAUUUCCAUUUUAUUCCUUUCCUCUCUGCCCAUUUCUUGGUGCUGCUCCAAGGGAACUGUCGGGGUUAGAGCAUUUGGGUUUCCUUCGUUUCCCGUCCGCCUCAUUAACCAUUCUGGCCUCUCCCACCAGGCAAACGCUUGCACACACUCAAGGCAGCACCCACCACCUUCUUGUCACUGUUGUCUCAGUCCUAUGAUUCACACACCCUUCCCACCGGGUACUUUGACUGACAUACUGCGCCUCGGUCAUUAGCCGUCACGGUGUACGCACGGGAACUUGAAUAUCCAAGGUUGACGAGAGGCCGCCUGCAGCUGUCACGUAUAUAAUCACUGAAUCACUGAGGCGCGGUGACA